GCUAGAUAGCCAGGGAAUGAAAAAAGUUCAGCAGUAUGGACUGUCGUCGUAUUUGCCAGUGUCGUCAUCAGAUUAAAAUGCAGACUGAUCGGUGUUCGCCCUUGUUAAAAUAGCAGAAAGCUACGUGGUUCUGUCCAUGGCUAACAUAAACAAGGUUAGCUUAUAGCUUGCUUGUCAACGGUAGCUAGCCUGGUGGCUAACAUAACACCAUCUACCUGAACUAUUUUCGCGAAAUAAUCACCUUGCACUUGCACAGUUAGCAAGAUAACUUUGCUAACAACUCUCGCGAAUGUUCUUCACAGCAAGCGCUGCCAAUGUUAUUUGACCUCGAGCUCCCAUUCUCUGCCUCAAUAAAAUCAACUUCGUCAGUGUACUAGGCGUACAAACUAAGUUCAAGCAGUCAGACCAAUUUUAUACUCUAAUCAUCUUCUCGUCAGUGGUAACCAUCGGGUAACAUCAACGCGAAACGCAACCAAGAUUGAUGAACCUCAGACAUUCUGCACCACCACCCAGAUGCCAGGUGACUGCUGACCCUGGACCCCAGGUAUUCUCGUAGCCGUCCCCUACCAAGCCUGAGCUCUAUGAUUUGCGGGGAGACCAUGUCUGCUGUGAACAUCACCAGCGACCUCCUGCACCGGCAGAUCAGGGAUAAAAGGGCGCUGGGAUUCCAGAGGCAGUAUCAUGUGACCGACCCCUUCAUCAAGAGACUGGGGCUGGAGGCAGAGCUGCAGGGCCACUCCGGUUGCGUGAACUGCCUGGAAUGGAACGAACAAGGAGAUCUGUUAGCAUCUGGCUCUGAUGACCAGCAUGCCAUAGUCUGGGACCCCUUCAGACACAAGAAGCUGAUCACCAUGCACACGGGCCAUGCGGCUAACAUCUUCUCCGUCAAGUUCCUGCCCCACUCCGGUGACCGUAUCCUAGUGACGGGGGCCGCCGACACCAAAGUGCACGUGCAUGAUCUGACGGCCAAGGAGACCACCCACAUGUUCUCGGACCACACCAACCGCGUCAAGCGCAUCGCCACCGCGCCCAUGUGGCCCAACACCUUCUGGAGCGCCGCAGAGGACGGACUCAUCAGGCAGUACGACUUGCGGGAGAGCAGUAAGCGGUCAGAGGUGCUGAUCGACCUGACAGAGUACUGCGGUCAGCUGAUUGAAGCCAAGUGCCUAGCGGUGAACCCGCGCGACAACAAUUACCUGGCGGUGGGCGCCAACGGACCCUUUGUGCGCCUCUACGACAUCCGCAUGAUCCACAAUCACAGGAAGACGAUGAGCCAGAACCCCACGGCUGGAGUGCACACGUUCUGUGAGCAACGGAAGCCCAUUCCUGAUGGAGCGGGACAGUAUUACGUGGCAGGCCACCUCCCGGUGAAGCUGCCCGACUACAACAACCGCCUGAGGGUGCUGGUGGCCACCUAUGUCACCUUCAGCCCCGACGGGACAGAGCUGCUGGUCAACAUGGGCGGAGAGCAGGUUUACCUGUUUGACCUGAUGUUCAAACAGAGGCCGUACACUUUUCUACUACCCAAGAAGUGCCAAACAUCAUCAGAGGUGCAGAAUGGUAAGACUACCAAUGGAGUCACCAAUGGCAUCCACCUGCCAGCAAGCCACCUGCACUUCUCUGAUAGCAAAUAUAGUGGUUCCUGUGAGUUGCCGCCUCAUCUGGAGAGGAUAAAGCAGCAGGCUAACGAUGCAUUUGCGCGUCAGCAGUGGACGCUGGCCAUCCAGCUGUACAGCCUGGGCAUCCACGAAGCCGGCCGCAACGCCAUGCUCUACGGCAACCGCGCCGCCGCCUACAUGAAGAGGAAGUGGGAUGGCGACCACUACGACGCGUUGCGGGACUGCGUGAAGGCCCUGACCCUCAACCCCAGCCACCUGAAGGCACAUUUCCGGCUGGCGCGCUGCCUGUUUGAGCUGAAGUACGUGGCCGAGGCUCUGGAGUGUCUGGACGACUUCAAGGGGAAGUUCCCGGAGCAGGCGCACAGCAGCGCGUGUGACGCCCUCGACAAGGACAUCAAGGCCGCGCUCUUCGCCAAGACAGACGCAUCGGAAGACAAGAAGGGCGACGGUCUUCAGCGGAAGACAAGAAGCAGCUUCCACAACUUCAGCCGGAAGGAGUCGAUCCUGGAGGACGAGAUCGUGCUACGUGAGCGCAGCUUUGACUAUAAACACCGCUACUGCGGACACUGCAACACAACCACUGACAUCAAGGAGGCCAACUUCUUUGGCAGUAAAGGGCAGUAUAUCGUGAGCGGUUCUGAUGACGGCUCGUUCUUCAUCUGGGAGAAGGAGACGACCAACCUGGUGCGCAUCUUGCAGGGAGACGAGUCCAUCGUCAACUGCCUGCAGCCCCACCCCAGCUACUGUUUCCUAGCCACCAGUGGCAUCGACCCUGUGGUGCGGCUCUGGAACCCCAGGCCAGAGUCAGAGUGUGAGAACGGCCGCGUGGUGCAGGACAUGGAGGGGGCGGCGCAGGCCAACCAGCGGCGCAUGAACGCCGACCCGCUGGAGGUGAUGCUGCUCAACAUGGGCUACCGCAUCACCGGCCUCAGCAGCCGCGGCCCCGAUGCCUCCGACGACGAGGACAGCUCCGAGGGACAGGUGCAGUGCCGACCCAGCUAGGGGCGGAGGGGGGGUGGUUGUGGUGAACCACGAAACCGGGCUCGGCGUGGUCCGACCCGAUCCGCUCCAAAAGACACCCCCUCCUCUAGGGUAGCCUACUACAGGACGAGUCCUGACCCGACCCGACCCGACUCGACUUGACUCGAACCGGAAACCGAACCUGACUCGCCUCGACCCAAACCUGACCCGAUAACAGUUCGCCAUGCUGCUCCGUGUGGGUUAUCAAACUAGUUUUUUUUUUUUUUUUCAAUGAUUGAGUAAUGUAAUGUAAUUGAGGUGGGGCGGUUAUAAUGGCCAACACUGCUGUACGGUACAGUACACAGCUGGCCCCAAACAAACACGCCCACUUUCUGCUCUGCGCUGGUUUUGAACCUUCCCUGCAGCUCUCAGGCUUCCUGUGUCCCGAUGCCCCCACCCGGCCCCUCCACGCACUGCUACUACUCCCUGCCUCAUGUUUACACGCGUGUGUGCUCUGUGUAAAAGAGAAGGGGAAAAAAAACAAAUAGGAAUGGGCAACAAAUAGCAUCAAUGAUACAGCAGACGUGUACAUGCUGUUUGACUGUUUUUUAUUAUUAUUACUAUUAUUAUUAUUAUUAUUUAAUAUUGUUUGCUUAUGUGUUUUUAAAAGGAGCAGAGCGAAGCGGAAGGUUCACUACAAUAGUCACUACAUUUACUAGUUUCAUCCACACAGCCACGGGGGCGUCAGAAAAACACAAACACACACCUCCCGCAUCCCACGAUCUUCCAUCUCUAGCUGCUGAGAAUCAGAAGUGGGAUGACUAUAGCCUCUAGUAUCGGAGGUUGGCAGGGGAGUCUGUUGUGUUAAGGUCUAUGUUUAUUUAAGGUCGUACGGUCAGGGGGGGUUGGGAGGAUUUGGGGAUGGGGAUGCGGGUGUCAUAUUUGUUGGGUCAGCCUAGCUAGUGCUGCUGCUCCAUGCUACUGCUCAGACCAGAGUGGCUCUCCAUGUGGGUUGCCAACAGCAAGGAGGUCACCUCACGGAGAUGAGAGGGAGCGCCACACUGCACCACAUCGCACCUCUCCUCGGUUCCCAUUGCAUGCCACCAGCAGGAGCGGACACGUUGGGGCUACAAAAUUACGGCACGCACGCACGCAUGCCCACCUUACCUAGGUGCAAAGCACUUUGGGAGGAAGAAUAUGAGGGAGCUCCCAUCACCUACGUUAACAUCCACGCUGGGGCUUUUGUGGGUAGUUUUGUGCUAAUCCAAAGUCAUCUGUCCUCAGUGCUUGUGGGAGCUUGGUGGUCCUUUUUGAGGUGCCUCUGUUGUGUAGCUCUAUCUGCGUGGAGGUGACAGAGUUGAGGUGUGCGCAGUUCCGCGAAGGCAGAUAAGAGUUGGUACACCAGGUCUAGGCAUCAUCAUCGUCAUUAUCAUCAUGUAGGAAUGUUGAUGCCAACAGCUUUGAAGGACUGUUGCGAAGACGAUGAGCUUAACUUAAUUAAAAAUGUAAUAUGUGUAAAAGAUUGCAGAAUAUUUUUUCCUUUGUCCUUCUUUUUUAUUUUUAAGGAAGAAAAAUAAUUAUCUUAUCUUUCAGUGUUACCAGAAGUGUAAAACCAGGGUUUGCAUUACUAAAACGAAAAAAGAUUUGUGAAUUGCUGUUCGAGUUAUGAGAGGGAAGAAAGCAUCGGUCUUGAGUUACCGGUCAGGAUUCAGUAUUGCUGCCAUUGUGUCUGCCGUCAAUACGUUUAGCUGGGUUUUUGAGUGCUACUCAUUGGCUUGAUAAGAAGUGCAAAUGCAGAAGUAUGCAAAAGUCUCCUUUUUACAUGAAUGAUUGGACUUGUAAUGACUGUUACCUUCUGGGGAGGGCUGUCUUUUCAUGAGUUGGUGACACUGAUCAUCUCUUCUUUGCAAAAGUGUGUUUAAUAGCAUCUGAAAGACAACGCCGGGCCUUUCAAGAUGAAAAGGAAAAAGGGUGAAGGGGCAAUUUUUUUGUGUUUAGUAGAUCUGAUGACUUGUUUUGUAAAAAGCAGUUGACGAAUUUCAGUGAAAAUGAAAUGCAGAAGUGACAGUUGUUGUUUUGUACUCACAUGCACCACCUGCACAUACACUCAUACACACAGAAAAUGAUGCCGUUUCCUGCACCUAUGCGAACCCUUUUACCUCCUGUGUACCCAACAGCUUCUCGUGAUUUCAGGGGUGAUUGCCCUUUCUUUUCUGUCUUCAUUCAUUUAUUUCAUUUUUUGUCUCACGUUUUGUGUCUAGGUUUCAGUAAAUCUUCACUGUCCCUCAGUGUGCAGGUCUGCCGUUGGGGUGGAGGUGAUCUGUCAAGGUCAUGACCUUGCCAGUGGGCAGUUGGUCAAGGUGGCCUCCAGUGACCCCUAAAGCAGCCAAUGAACAUGCACUCCCUCCUGCUCAGCGCAGUCAGUAGAUGUAGGAAGCAGCAGUCAUGUGGUGCGGGUUAAAAAUCUGCUCAACUAAGCACUUAAAAACAAAAAUAAAUAAGGCUUUCAUCUGCCUUUCUUCAGAUAAGAUUUAUCUUGUUUUGACAUUUCAUUUCUUUUGAAAUAAUAAAAAAAACACUUGUCACUCAUUUUGCUGCAAGACAAAUUCAAAUAAAAGAAUAUAUUGUU